ACCCCUGGGCUGGCCGGCAGGGCUCCGCGGCGCUUCGCGGGGCACCUGCGGCGGCUGCGCCGGCCGAGGGCCCUCCGCUCCUGGCGUCGCGCCUGCCCACCUCACGCCCCCGGCUCCCCGCAGACCGGCCUCGCAGGCCCGGCUCCUCGCGCCCAGGCCCCGCCGGCCCGCCCCUGGAGCCCAGCGUGGUGCGCGGGGAGGAAAACCGGAGUUAGAGAGCCAGCUGCUGUAGAGAGGACGCCUCCCGGGGCUCGGGUCACCUGUGGGCGCGUGCUUCUGGGUCCUGAUCCGGAUGUUUGGGACUGGCAGGGAUGGGGCGCCUCAGGAGCCUGGGACGGCAGCCUCUUAACUACGAGAAAGUAGAGUCCUGGAGAAGUUUCAGUGAUUUGCCCAAGGACAGACAUCUGCUAGUAAGAACUGAGCUGCUCAAGGCAGGAAGAACUCUGAGCUGAGCAGUGGAGGCCCUCCUGGAUUGGAGAGAAGAGGCAACCUUGGAACCAGUAAUGAGCCAUCCUGACUACAGGCUGACACUCCGGCCCCUGGAGACCCCCAGAGGUGUGUCCUCUGUGGUUGGCCCACAUGGUGUUGGUGCUUCGCCAGGUGACAAAAAGUCAAAGAACAAGUCCCUACGAGGGAAGAAAAAGAGCAUAUUUGAAACCUACAUGUCCAAGGAAGAUGUUUCAGAAGGCUUGAAGAGAGGAACACUUAUCCAGGGUAUAUUGAGAAUUAAUCCAAAGAAGUUUCAUGAAGCCUUCAUUCCUUCCCCGGAUGGUGAUCGAGACAUUUUUAUUGAUGGGGUCGUUGCUCGUAAUAGAGCCUUGAAUGGGGAUCUGGUGGUCGUGAAGCUGUUUCCGGAGGAACAGUGGAAGGUAAUUAAACCAGACAGCAAUGACAAAGAAACAGAAGGUGCCUAUGAAUCAUAUCUCCCUGAGGAGCUCUGUGGAAGCCUUCUCCCACAACAGUCCCUGAAAGGCUAUAAUGACAGUCCUGAUGUCAUUAUAGAGGCUCAGUUUGAUGACAGCGACUCAGAAGAUGGACAUGGCAACACACAAAAUAUUCUUGUUGAUGGUGUUAAGAAACUCUCGGUUUGUCUUCAUGAAAAAGGAAUAUUUAAAGUAUCUAUCUCAGAGACAGUUGUAGUUUUUAUUCCCAAAGGACAGAAAAGUUACACAGUUGGAAAAGAGGAUGCUGGUGCACCAGUUACAAAAGAUGAGAACACCUCCAUGGCACAGGAUACAAGAACUUUACCAGAGAAGUCACUGCAAAGAUCAGCAAAGGUGGUUUACAUCUUGGAGAAAAAACAUUCCCGAGCAGCAACUGGCUUCCUCAAACUCUUGGCUGAUAAGAACAGUGAACUAUUUAGGAAAUACGCAUUGUUUUCUCCCUCGGACCACCGAGUGCCUAGAAUUUAUGUGCCUCUCAAGGACUGUCCCCAGGACUUUGUGACUCGGCCUAAGGAUUAUGCCAACACGCUGUUCAUCUGCCGCAUCGUGGACUGGAAGGAGGACAGCAAUUUUGCGCUGGGGCAGCUGGCUAAGAGUCUUGGGCAGGCUGGCGAAAUCGAGCCUGAAACAGAAGGAAUACUAACAGAGUAUGGUGUGGAUUUCUCUGAUUUCUCUUCAGAAGUUCUAGAAUGUCUCCCUCAAGGCCUGCCCUGGACAAUUCCACCGGAGGAAUUCAACAAGAGGAGAGAUUUAAGAAAAGACUGUAUCUUCACCAUUGAUCCGUCAACUGCCCGCGACCUUGAUGAUGCCCUCUCCUGCAAGCCACUCACUGAUGGCAACUUUGAAGUGGGAGUUCACAUCGCUGACGUGAGUUACUUUGUUCCGGAGGGAUCUGAUUUGGAUAAAGUGGCUGCUGAGAGAGCUACAAGUGUCUACUUGGUUCAGAAGGUCAUCCCCAUGCUUCCCAGGCUGCUGUGUGAGGAGUUGUGCAGCCUCAAUCCUAUGACUGACAAGCUGACCUUCUCCGUGAUCUGGACACUAACUCCAAAGGGCAAGAUCCUUGAUGAAUGGUUUGGCCGGACUAUCAUCCGCUCCUGCACCAAACUGAGCUAUGAACAUGCACAGAGCAUGAUUGAAAGCCCUACUAAGAAAAUCCCUGAGAAGGAGCUGCCCCCCAUCUCCCCGGAGCACACCAGUGAGGAGGUACACCGGGCUGUCUUGAAUCUCCACGGAAUUGCAAAGGAGCUACGCAAGCAGCGAUUUGUGGAUGGCGCCCUGCGUUUGGAUCAGCUAAAGCUUGCUUUUACUCUGGACCAUGAGACUGGAUUGCCUCAAGGAUGUCACAUCUACGAGUACCGAGACAGCAACAAGCUCGUGGAGGAGUUCAUGCUCUUGGCCAACAUGGCAGUGGCCCACAAGAUCCACCGCGCCUUCCCCGAGCGGGCCCUGCUGCGCCGGCACCCUCCACCCCAGACCAAAAUGCUCAAUGACUUGGUGGAAUUCUGUGACCAAAUGGGGCUGUCCAUGGACUUCAGCUCUGCCGGGGCCCUCAAUAAAAGUCUGACCGAAACAUUUGGAGAUGACAAGUACUCACUGGCCCGGAAGGAGGUGCUCACCAACAUGUGCUCCCGGCCCAUGCAGAUGGCGCUGUACUUCUGCUCUGGGAUGCUGCAGGACCAGGCGCAGUUCCGCCACUACGCCCUCAACGUACCGCUCUAUACGCACUUCACCUCUCCCAUCCGCCGUUUCGCCGACGUCCUGGUGCACCGUCUCCUGGCUGCCACACUCGGCUACAGGGAGGUACCCAAUGUGGAGCCUGAUGCCCUGCAGAAGCAGGCUGACCACUGUAAUGACCGCCGCAUGGCGUCCAAGCGUGUGCAGGAGCUCAGCACCAGCCUCUUCUUUUCCGUCCUGGUCAAGGAGAGUGGCCCCCUGGAGUCGGAAGCCAUGGUGCUGGGCGUCCUGAACCAAGCCUUCGACGUGCUGGUGCUACGCUACGGGGUGCAGAAGCGUGUCUACUGUAACGCACUGCCCCUGCGGUCCCACCACUUCCAGCGGGUGGGCAAGAAACCGGAGCUCACACUUCUCUGGGAGCCUGAGGCCAUGGAGCAGGAGCCAGUGCGUCAGGUCAUCACCAUCUUCAGCCUGGUGGAGGUAGUGCUGCAGGCGGAGGACGCGGCCCUCAAGUACAGCGCCAUCCUGAAGCGGCCGGGCACCGAGGGCCUCCUGGGCCUGCAGGACGAGGAGGAGUGUGACCACGACCAGCAGGAGGACUGAGGCUGCGAGCCUGGCCACACCCCACCCAGCGACGUACCAACCUCCCCCACUGGCUUUUAGGAAUAAGACCUUUGCACACCAAAGGGGAUUUUUAAUUUGGUUUUUAACAACUCAGGGUUUUGUUUUUAUUUUUUCCUUUUACUUCAUUUUUGCUGCUCAGUUUUUAACGAACUGGAGGGGAGCGGGUGGGGCUGGACGGAAGGCUGGGGCCUGGCCAGUGCUCCUGGGAGGCCAGCCCCACUUCUGCCAGGCCACCACUGCCUUCCCCUGCCCAGGAAGCCAGGGGUUUUCAGCGAAUCAGUGUCAUGGAAUAAAAUCAAGUGCGAAGCGC